AUGCCCUCGAUCUAUACAGACUCUUCUGCUGGGGCUUCGUCCUAUUCCGCUGUUCCUACCGCUCGCAGGAGAAGUGGGAAAAAGUUCCUCGCCCUUGUCCAGGGGCACGCCCGCGAGUGCUUUGAGCAGGCCGGGCUGAUAGACGUUUACUCGCGCAUGCGCUGGACCGUCUUCGAGGACGCGGCCGGGCUUGACGGCGCCGAUAUCGCCGAGACGAGCCGUCGGUUCAUCGAUUUGGUACAGCGGGGCCCAGGCGGCGAGGAGCUGGCGGGCAGCGCAUUUACGUCGAUAAUAGGCGGCACGCCGAGGCAUGAGUUCUUUUUACACGUCGACGAGGAGAGCUUGGAGAGCGUGGUAGACGAUGCGAAGGCGAAGGAAAAGAGCGGGUACUUUUGCACGGUGGUGAUGCCGGGCAAUGUGGUUUUAUGGGAAAUCAAGAGGGAUCGAGAGGGUAUAUAUCGGUUUUGCGAGGAUGGGCGAGAGGUAGAGGAGGAUGAGAUGUGGGAUCUGAGAAAACGCGUUAGGAUCGAUGACCCUGUCUCUUUGUAUGCCGAGCUCCAUGUUAGCCUGGACUUAUGGUAUUGCCUCCUGUCGUUUCCCGAUAACCCGGAUAUUUUCGUGCCCUAA